CAACAACUAUGCUUUUUGGAAAAGGUUGAGCCACGUGCUACAAUAAGUGAUAUUAGACUAAUGUUCCAUAAAAUAUGUAAGUAUGUAUGUUUUUUAAAAGGCUGUUUAAAAAUGAGGUCAGCGUUGAAGAAAUAUUUGAAGUAUGGCAUAUUUAAUUGCAUGGAAUGUGGAGCAAAUCCUAGGUAACCUAUGCUCUGCAGAGUUUCAAGUGCAAGGUUUUUUUUUAAUUGCUGAAAAGAUAAGGAGCCAUGGCAAGAAACUGUGGGUUGAUGUAGCAGUGCAGCUUAUGCAAAGUGCUCCUUCUUGUUUCUUUGCACAGGCAGAAAAAGAAUCUCAGAAAAAAGAAAAUCUCAGUGAAAAUAAUAGAUGCUGUAUGUCACUAGAGGAAAAAAGCAGGAUAGCUAAAUCCUGACUAAAUCAUAAGGAGUGUGAUUAGCAAGAUAAUUUGCAAUCCACAGGGGUUAAAUUAGAAGAUCAAAAUGCUAGGAAAUUGGGAGGGGAUUUUUUAAUGUGAAUAUUUUUUAAAUCUCUGCAGAUCCCCAGUGGUAUCCUGCAAGGCAGUCUAUGAGACUUGAUCCCCAAGGAAAAUCACUGAGGGAUGAAGAAAUGCUUCAGCUGCUCCCUGUUGGCACAACAGCUACCUUCUAUUUUAAAGAUUUAGGGCCCCAAAUAGGAUGGACAAUGGUGUUUCUGAUAGAAUAUACGGGGCCAUUGUUCAUCUAUUUUGUGUUUUAUUUCCGCAUGCCUUUUAUCUAUGGCCUGGAUGACAGGUUUACCAAGAGCCGACAUCCAGUAGUUAACUUGGCAUGUAUCUGCCAUUCUUUCCACUACAUCAAAAGGUUGAUUGAAACAAUAUUUGUUCAUCGGUUCUCCCAUGGGACUAUGCCACUGAGGAAUAUUGUUAAGAACUGUGCCUAUUACUGGGGAUUUGCUGCCUGGCUUGCUUAUUAUAUCAACCACCCUCUUUACACACCACCCUCCUAUGGGCAAAAACAAGUCAACUUUGCUCUGAUCAUGGUUCUUACCUGUGAAGCUGGAAACUUUUCUAUCCAUGUUGCACUUAGUAAUCUGAGAAGAGAUGGUAAAAGAUCCAGAACCUGUAAGAUCCCUUAUCCAACGAAGAAUCCUUUCACAUGGCUAUUCUAUUUUGUCUCCUGCCCUAACUAUACCUAUGAGCUGGGGACAUGGAUUGGUUUUACUAUCAUGACACAAUGCGUACCAGUGGGAUUGUUCACCUUACUCUGUUUCAUACAGAUGACAGUCUGGGCAAAGGAUAAACAUGGCACCUAUAUACGAGAAUUUAAGGAUUAUCCUAGCCUUAGAAUGUCCAUCAUUCCUUUCUUACUAUAAAGAACAUGUUUCUUUGUCCCAUCCUGAAUUUUGGGAAGCAGCGGACUAUACAGAGACAUCUGUACACAAAGAAGAUAAUGUUAUGAUAGCAUCAUCAUUUAAAUGAACUGUUCAAGGUGCAUGCUGAAACUAUUCUGCUAUAAGAAAUACCAUGGGCUCGAAGACCACAUCUCUCAGGGUUUUGUGUUUUUGUUUUUUGACUGUUAAGAGAUUCAGUAUUGAUUCUCUUUCCCUCCCUUACUGCCUUUUUGGUAGUGAAGGAUGUUUGGAGCCAACUCAGUCUGGUUGGCCAAGCUUUUUUAAAUUUGUGAAGGGGAGGAAGCAUGACAAUUUGCCACGAAAUAGUCUGGAAUUUCACCAACUUGCAUAUUCUAGGGAAUAUGAAAGGAAGGAAGUCUCCAGAUGGGAUUGCAUCUAAUAGCCAAAGCAGAACAUGUUGCAUGGAUUGUCUCAUGAAGGCAUUUGCUGUGGCAAAUACACUGACAUGUUGAUGAAAGUGUUACUGAGAGAGAACAUUAGUGAAACCCAUUUGUAUGAUUCGCAGAGACCACGAAGAAGAAGAUGAAAAUGCAAUCUUUUAUGUUAAGAAUCAUAAUUUGAUACAGUCCUGGAAAAUGAAAUGGUACAGUUCCAACUAGACUGUUGUCAAAUUAUGAUUCAUAUCAUAAAAGAUUGGCUCAUCCUUAUUCUAUGGUUAUUAUUCUAUCUGUGUUUUUCAGUCUUGGAAAACAUUUUUGUAUUGCAGUUCUGCCCACAAUUACUUGACAGCAAGGCUUACAGAACUCAGUGGAAAUUACUUCCAAGUAAAUGUGAGCAAGAGUGGGAUGCAUGUAGACUUCUCACUAAACAAACUGAAGUUGAACUGCAGUCCUCCAACAAUAUUCCACAUAGCCUAGAUUUGAAAGAAAUGCUACCUAGAGUUUUUCCUAGAGUGGUCAGUAUGAUUUAAGAAGGCUCUGCACAGAUCAUAUCAAGAAAUGGGGGCAAUAUUGUCUCAAACUUUAAAGAACUUGUGCAUGGGCUUUAUCACAUAGGGUUUUUUGCAGCUCUGAUUCAAUGUGACUGCAGGUUCAACAAUGCGAAUUCACAUGAUGUGAUGUAUUAUCACACGUGAUUGCUUUCUCUGGGGGGGGGGUUGUUCUGUGGCACUUCCGCAAUGAAUCCAAAGUGACUCUUCAUUUUGGUGAAUUCGGUAACAAGUGAAUUAACAGAAAUUGCUUCCAAGCUCACUUUGAUUUCACUCCGAAUUGGUCUGGUGUGGAAUGCAGCUUUACGUCCGUCCUGGUACCCCCAAAACCUCCAAGGUCCUACAUUUCCCAUGAUGCUGCGCUGCAAUUUUGCCCCAUUUGCUUCCGGUGCUCGGAAGGAUAGAUUUAGAUGUAGAUGACAGGGAUGAAGGAAUGAAAUAGGAGGCUUGAGGAGAGAUGGGAGCAAAGGAGGGGGCCAUUGGAGGCUGGGGCAGAGGCUCCAACUCCCAGAAUUCCAUAGCCUCGAGCCAAAGACACCACAACAAACUCCAACUCCCAGAAUUCCAUAGCUUUGAAAUGGGAGCAAAGGGAGAGGCCAUCGGAGGCUGGGGGGAGAGAUGACAGGAACAAUUCACAUGAAGGUUGCAUUCACGUGAAUGUGGAACUAGAAAGUAGCCCCCUUCUUUACUCCUGAAGCGUAAAAGGUCUCGAAGCAUUCAGACCCCCACUGAGCAUGCACAAGGAUGCCAAUUCGUAUAGUUGAAUCCGCAUGGUAUGCACUGGUGUGGUAAUUCAAAGUGCUUUCACUCCGCUUUGACUCAGGAAUCAUCACAAUUAAGUUCUUCACGUGUGAUAGUUCAUCACGUGAAUUGCCUUGGAUUCGAAGUGACCCUGCUUCACCCUCGCUAUGGAAGUGCUUUGACUUGGGGCUCCUGUUUCACGUGUGAUAAGGCUUUAUGACUUCAGCAACAAAUAUUUAUUUGUCUAGAAACAAUGUACAGAUUUUUCCACAGUUUGUAAAGAGAAUAUGCAAUAAACUUAAGCUUAUAUUUUGAA